UAUCUUCUUAUUUUCGAACGAUAUCACAUAUAUCAUUAAUCAGAAGAAAUAAACUUUCUGAGGUGUUUCGAAAAUUUAUCGGGCCGCAGGAUCACAAUUGCAGUUGAAUGUAUGUCGUGCUGAAGUUUCAACUAUCGAAGUAUCGAGACACGUCGACUUUGCAAGUUCAGCUUUCGAAAGACCCAGUGGACAUCUUGCUUCAUUUCGCGUAGAUUUACUGUGCGAUUGAACGCGUUAGCGGAAUUCGCGACGUAGAGACGUAAAGACAGAGGCGCUCUGAAUUCAUAGGGAACCGCCUUCGAAAGGAGCCUGUAUAUAUAAAACUACAAUCGCCACUCAAAGCCUGUCAGGAGAGACUUCGCUCCGUUACGGAUCCGUUUAUCCGACAAAUCCAGUGAUCAUCUGUUCGCCCAACACGCUCCAUGGAAUCCUGUAGCAGCGAAAAAUUUCCCUGACAGAACGCAUCGGUCAUGGAAUAAAAAAAAGGGAUAACAAACGGCGUAAAUGGCGCGAAGCGGAUAAAGUUUCAACUACUCGUGAUAUCUGCGUUUGAAGAAUUACGUCUACAUCGGAAAAUCUGCCGGAGAGAUCGAUCGCGCGUUCAAAUUGUCCCAUCUGAAGAAAAAAGAAUCUUACACGGUAGGAGAGAGAGAGGAACGAAGAUCGUUGAAUAAGAUGGGAACACUGUACGGCGAUAGCAUGCAUCGUCGUUAGAGAUUUCGUUCUUGAGAGUUCUUAAAAGACAAAUAGUGAGCGUCUCAUUAAAUGACGACAGAUAGGUGAGCGACAAGAUAGAUAGGGGACGGGUACGUGGCAUGUCGGUUCACGACGACGGCUACGGCAGCAACAACGACGGCAAAGAGCAGUGGACGAUGUGGAUGGCAGCGCAAUGCAGCAGCAGCAGCAGCAGCAGCAACAUCAACGACGAGAACGGCAGCAACAUCGAGGGUUGCAAUUAGUGCCAGCUCGCAACGGCCGCGAGACAACGUAACGACUGAAGGGGGGGUCGCCGACCGUUAGGGGGUCGAGGGUGUGUGCAGUGCGCGUGAAAGGGGGACAAAAUGUGGUGGAGGUGGCGGUGGUGGAGUGUCGUGACUACGACGACGACGAUGCUGGUCUUGGUAGCCGCAUACUCGCCGCCUGUGGAACUAUCCGAUCUGGAUAAGCCAAUACCUAUUGUUGCCAUUGACGGUGUAAUCGGAAAGAAGGUGCAGCUCCCUUGUGACAUUCGUUCCACCAACAACGACGAAAUCAGCAUGGUGCUUUGGUAUAAAGAAGACAGAGACGAACCGAUUUACAGCUUCGACGUUCGCGGCCGCCGGCAAUACAGCAACGCCCGUCUUUGGUCGUCGCCCUCGGCAUUGGGACCAAGAGCUUUUUUUGUUACGGCGACGAAUCCAGCUCACCUCAGCAUUGAUCGGCUGGAGAGCACUGAUGAGGGGAUCUACCGGUGCCGGGUGGACUUCAGAAACUCACCGACACGGAAACAAAGGAUGAACUUAACUGUUAUAGUGCCUCCAUCGAAGCCUGUAAUAUUGGAUGGGGCGACGAAAGCUAUUUGGGGCCUCGAGGAGCGGUACAACGAGGGGAGUGACGUGAACUUGAUUUGCGAGGUUCGUGGUGGCAAGCCGCCCCCAAAGCUGACGUGGUAUCUCGACAAUACCGUGAUAGACGAGUCCUAUCACUACGAUACCCAGGGCAGGUUAACGGUUAACCACUUGGCGUAUCCGAAAAUCGGGCGACAACACCUCCAGGCGAGGCUGAUAUGUCAGGCCAGCAAUACGAACUUGGUGCCACCACAAACCAGAUUACUCGUCCUCGAAAUGAAUCUAAAACCAUUGAUAGUUCAAAUCCUGACAAAGGAAACGAGAGUAUCAGCCGAUAAAAAUUACGAUGUGGAAUGUCGAUCAAGCGGUUCACGACCAAAUGCGGUGAUUACUUGGUGGAAAGCAAACAAGCCAAUCAUUAAUAAGGAGAUUAACAACUAUCCGAUUCAGAACAAUCAGAGUUUGAGCAUCCUCAGUUUCAUACCAACUAUAGAGGACGAUGGUAAAUAUUUGACAUGCCGCGCGGAAAAUCCUGCUAUACCAGACAGCGCGUUGGAGGACAAGUGGCGACUUGACGUACAAUACCAACCGGUGGUCAGCUUAAGAAUGGGCGAAACGCUGAAUCCGGAUGACAUCAAAGAGGGCGAUGACGUGUACUUUGAGUGUAUAGUGCGGGCAAACCCGAAGGUGUACAAGCUCGCCUGGUUCAAAGAUGGCAAAGAAUUGAAGAAUAAUUCUACAGCAGGUGUAGUUCUUAGCGACCACUCUUUGGUACUCCAAGGAUUGACUCGUUACUCUGCCGGCGCUUACACUUGUCUUGCCGCAAACAGCGAGGGAAAGACGGCCAGUAAUCCGGUGUCUCUUCAGAUAAUGUAUGCGCCGGUGUGCAAGGAGGGCAAGAGCGAGGUGGUGGUUGGCGCUUUGAAACAAGAGACGGUGUCGUUAGUGUGUUCUGUGGAGAGCCAUCCGGCGCCAUUGACUUUCCAUUGGACAUUCAAUAAUUCCGGCGAGCUCGUCGAGGUUCCACAUUCACGUUACUCCCACGUAUCGGCGCCCGGCACACUAGACGGGAAAGAGUACCAGCAGUUUCGUGGAUUCAGACUGAACUACACACCAGCUACGGAAAUGGAUUACGGUACGGUGGCAUGCUGGGCGAGCAACCAGGUUGGCAAGCAACGAACACCUUGCCUUUUUCAGGUUAUAGCCGCGGGCCGACCGUACGCUCUUCACAAUUGCAGUGCUACGGAAAUGUCAGCGCCUCUGGAUAUGGAGGAACUUGGUACGAAAUCAGGAACAGGGCUGAUAGUCCGAUGCCUGGAGGGCUACGAUGGAGGUCUUCCGAUACACAGUUAUCAGCUGGAAGUCGUAUCUGAUGAGGACGGAGGUCCGAUUCUCUUAAAUAAAACUGUGCCGGCAGGUCCCAAUGGACCGACUUUCGAAGUCGCAGGACUAACAACGGGAAAAAGCUAUCGACUUUUCCUAUAUGCAAUUAAUGCGAAGGGGAGAAGCGAACCUGCCAUACUUGAACCGGUAACCCUGAAGGGUGUUGCUAUGUACACGACUGGCAACACCGAUGCAUCGAUGCUGAAUCCGUUGUUGCUGGGCUUGGCAGCCAUGGCGACCCUUUUGGCCCUGGCCGUUGCUGGAAUCCUAGCGGCGCUCUACCGGAAGCACUCCACCGGCCGACCCGGAAGUCCAAAGCACGCUCCCAUCGUAUGCGAGCCGCCUAAUGCAGGUGCAACCACCCCGGUGCACCCUCAGACCAAGCAGGCGGUCGAUGACAUCGAUCCGGACAUCAUACCCAACGAGUAUGAAAGAAGACCCCUAACAUAUACCCCCGUCUAUAAGACACCGCCACAACGAAGAAAGAAAGAUCGCGCCACCGAUGAAGACGCUUCGCCGGAGAAAAGGCCGAUCGUUCAGCACGGUCUGGACCUGCCUCCAGAUCCGAUAUUGACUGACUGCCUGCCAACGCCUACCAUAAAUUAUCCGCAAAAUCACGUGUCUCAGCAAAGCGCUUACAAUCAUCCGCCCACGAUGGCUGAUUUUAAGCAGAUGGCGAUGGACGCCUACAAUCAGCGUAACAACCAAAACAUAUAUUAUAGCCUUCAGAGGACGAGCAAAGGACUCUCGUCGAUGCCACAGAGGCCCGUUUCAUCGUCGAUCUCCGCGCAAGGCAAAUUCCAUCAACCUGAAGUGGUGACACGCUCGAAUCGGAUACAGGAGAGCUGUAUAUAAGUUCGAAGGGUUUCCCUGCGGGAUCAACCUCGUGAGCUUCUAAGACGCCGCCGGCGAUUAUAUUUACACGUGUAAAUGUAACGAGUACGGGCGGAGAGCAGCGUAGAGAUCCGUGGAUCCCCGAGACGCGAGCACGAAGUCUAACGUGGUAUCUUCCCAUAGUUGGUACACGAGUUUCGAACCACUCCGCGAAACACACUUAACGUUUACUGUACAAAACCAUAGAGAGGCUGAUGGUGUGUUCCAGAUCGUAUUGAUGGGAACGCGGUCUCUCUUCGAGAUUACGUUAUGCCGAUGCCGCCGGGGACGGCGCUACAUUUUCAUAUAUAAUUUUACGGGGAAGAUGAGGUGAAAUGACAUUAGCGAGUUAGAGAGGUACCCGUACAUGUCCAAAAAUAUUUCUUUACUGCCAUACUGAGGUAUAAACGGUAUAUCGUAACGUACAAAGAGUUUAACCCCUAAAAGUAGUUAAUGUCAAUAACAAGGGAGAUGAGGCUGGGUCAAAGCGAGCUAAAGAAAAUUUUAAUGGCGCUUUAUACUUUAUUCAUAUACUUCCAGUUUUCAAGUUUUCGCGCAUAAAAUGACGUCUUUAUAUAUAGAUCUUAACAUAUUAAUUCUUUUGAAACUUUUACAAUCUAUUAAAAUUACUUUCAAGUAGUUGCCCUUACAGCAAUUGUAAGGUAAUACGAUCGAGAAUAUUAUUUUUUCGAUCAAAGCUCAUUCUCCAGCCUUAUCCUCAAAAUACUAACGAUAUUAAUGUGAUCGUAUUCGAAGCUCAUCACUGCUCAUGUUUUUCGUACGCAAAAUUUUUAUAACAACUCAGACAGAAAAUAAAUUCGUUCAAAAGACUUCGCCGAACUCGAGAGAAUCUCUUAAGGAGCGACGUCUUCGUUCCCGAUCACCGAUGCGGCACACGAACGUGGAUUUUACUGUUUAUAUGGAACUAGUUUUUGUACAAAGAUCUAUUGUAAAUAGACACGAGCCUGGCCCUAGAAUUAUAGUCACUAAUGUCCGAAUUUCAUCCGUUACACAUCCGUUAAGUCGAGAGAUGUCCGAUCGCGUAAGAUAAAACUCGAUGGCAUACGAAUACGAAUAAAGAGA